AUGUCUGGAACUGGAGAUAGUCAACCUUCUACUCUUAAGUCCUACGCUAAUAGCGGCAUCGCGGCUGUUCAGGGCGCCGUUGGCAGUUUGACUGGUAAGUAACAUGGUGACUUCUCACUAUCGGCGACCAUCUCUAACCUGAAUCCCAGGCAACCCCGUUGAUCAACGCCAGGCUGAAGACAAGAGCGCCCAUGCAGAAUCAGAACGUGAUGCCUCUCAUGUAGCCGCCAAGGCUGGACCUUUCAAUCUUUCCUCCUCUGGAGCAGCCACUAUCGACAACAAGGACCGCCGUGAUGGAAAGUCUAAUCAGAUCAUUGGAAGCGGGAAGGAGUUUGUCGGCAAUACUAUUGGAUCUGAUAGCCUUAAACGUGAAGGCAGGGAUCAAAAUACCGAGGGUCAAGGCCAGGAGGCUGCCGGACAGCUUAAAGAUUUCGCAGAGGGAGCUGGUAAGCUAUACAAUUAUACGAUAUCAUACAUAUCGAGCAUGCCCUAAUUAUCCAUGAAGCCGACAGAGUUACCGGCACCAUUGGGGCCGCUGCUUCCAGUCUGACCGGAAAUACCCAGGCCCAAUGCUAGUUUCCUGUAUUCUCCACACCUUUUUGUCCUAGAUUUUGCUAACCCUGUUGCAGCUGACUUUGAGAACCAACAUGAUAAGGGGAAGACGUCCCAGCGCAGCGUCGAGGCUGAGGCACAGAAAUAAUCUCAAGACAUCAAUUGCUAAUGAUGAUCUAGAAGAGAAUUUAUAUGCAGCAGCGGUUAUGUUUUUCUUCUUUGAGGAUCAGGGACGGACUCCUUUUUUUUCACUUCAUACCUUAGCUCUAGCGUUCGUUGUAAACUUAGUCAACCCGCCUUUAACAAUCUAUCUCUCGUCGUUCAUUAGCUGCUCCUAAUUCACGCAAUGGGUGAACAAAGCGAGGUUAUAGUCAUGGUCACCCAUGAUCUCAUGCUCGGAUAUGGCCAUAAAAAUUGGAGGGAUUGAUACCCUUGUCAUCCAAGGUUAACUGAGCAGAUGGCUACAAAACAUGGAAAACCGAAUGGGAUCGCCAAGAACCCGUAGCUGGUGAGGGGAGAAGAGAAGAAAGUGGAGGGGUUCAGAAUCCAGUGAAACAAAUGCCAGGAUCAUGUGAUACUGGAACAAACUGCACCCUCCAUUUUCUUACCCAUAGUUGCUUUUUACUCCUUGAUGCAAAUUGGUCACCCAUUUGGCAUCAUCAUCAUGAUAUAUCACCCAGUGCAACGUCCCUCUCCAAGACGUCAAGUAACACUCCUACCUUGCGAAACA